GAAGCGGAUUCUUGAAAAUCAGCGAACAUCUUUAAACAGCAAGAACACAUUUCUAAUACGUGAAUUUACCGAGAAGAACAUCUGAAGUCUUACGUUUAUUGAUUUUUUUAAAUUUCUGCAUAAGUCUGGGAAUUCCCGAAACCAGCAGUUUUCACACUGAUAUUUUCACAUCUUCAAGGAAUGCCAAGGGAACUAAAACAAAACAAGAUCCAAAAGAUCUGGAUUCCCUCUAAGGAUGAUAAACCUUCAAUGCCCCGCGCAUCAAGUGGAGGCCCCCACCUGGCAAAUCCCCCAACGGUCAUAGUGAUGGUUGGGCUUCCUGCUCGGGGGAAAACCUAUAUAUCAAGGAAACUGACACGCUACCUCAACUGGAUUGGUAUUCCCACAAAAGUCUUUAACGUUGGAGAGUAUCGCAGAGAAGCGGUGAAACGCUACAGCUCCUUUGAUUUCUUCAAAUCGGACAAUGAAGAUGCCGUCAAAAUCAGACAUCAGUGUGCCUUGGCUGCUCUGAGAGAUGUCAAGAUUUACCUCACUGAAGAAGAAGGUCAAGUGGCUGUUUUUGAUGCCACAAACACAACCAGAGAGCGUCGGGACAUGAUCCUGGAGUUUGGUGCUGAAAAUGACUUUAAGGUCUUCUUUAUUGAGUCUGUUUGUGAUGACCCAAAUGUAAUCGCCUGUAAUAUCUUGGAAGUGAAAGUGUCAUGCCCUGACUACCAAGACUGCAACAAGACAGAUGCUAUGGAGGACUUCAAGAAAAGAAUCGAAUGCUACAAAGUACAGUAUCAGCCCCUUGACCCUGACCAAUAUGACAGAAAUUUGUCCUUUGUCAAAGUGAUUGACGUCGGUCGCAGAUUCCUGGUGAACCAGAUUCAGGACCAUAUCCAAAGUCGGAUUGUCUACUACCUGAUGAACAUCCAUGUGCAGCCGAGGUCUAUCUACUUGUGUCGCCAUGGCGAGAGCCAGCAUAACUUACAGGGCCGUCUGGGUGGAGAUUCUGGUCUUUCUACACGUGGACGAAAGUUUGCAGGAGCUCUUGCGAACUUCGUGGAGGAGCAAAACCUGAAGGACUUGAAAGUUUGGACCAGUCAGCUGCGUCGCAGUAUCCAAACUGCCGAGGCCCUCAAUGUGCCGUAUGAGCACUGGAAGGCCCUGAACGAGAUUGAUGCUGGUGUGUGUGAGGAGAUGACCUAUGAAGAAGUCAGGGAGAGGUUUCCAGAAGAGUUUGCUCUAAGAGAUCAAGACAAGUACUACUACCGCUAUCCUUCUGGAGAGUCAUAUCAGGACUUGGUUCAGCGUGUGGAACCUGUCAUCAUGGAAAUGGAGAGACAGGAGAACGUUCUGGUCAUCUGUCACCAGGCUGUGAUGCGCUGUCUUCUCGCCUACUUCCUGGACAAGAGUGCUGAUGAGAUGCCGUACCUGAAAUGUCCACUGCAUACAGUACUGAAGCUGACCCCUGUGGCUUAUGGGUGCAAGGUGGAAUCGAUCUCUCUGAAUGUUGAGGCAGUGAACACACACAGAGACAGACUAGAGGAGAUAAAGAGAGGCCCAAGCACUCUGAUCAGAAGAAACAGUGUUACACCUCUCACUAGCCCUGAACCCAAUAAGAAGCCUCGUAUUGAGGGUCUAGAUGAACCAAUCAUCAGAGAGCUGACGCCCACUCCGCUCACCCUAUGCUCAAAUUCACACACCACUCUCACCCUCUCCACACAGCACUGGCUUAGUGAAGCUUGUCUACGCACUUUUUUGCAUUACCUGCAAGUGGUGUCAGUGCUGCUCUUUCAGAGAACCUGAAGAAAUGCUCCAUGGAGUGCCAUGAAGUCCCCCAGCUCUGCCUGUGAGAUUAUUCGGCUGUAUUGCUUUAUUCACCAUGGAAGCAUUUCCUGCAAGCUGCUUCCGCUUUCCUCAUGCAGAGGAGUCCAUCUAACAAAAAACAAAACAUAAAAGGGACACUAAGUGCCACCUGGGCUUUUCUGUUCAUCCUUCAUGCAUUUGUAAUGAAUGUAUGUGCAGUGCAGUUUGUACGAGUAUGGAGUUAUGCUGUUCGUAUUUGUAUAAGUGUAUGAAGGGAAAUCUGAGCCUUGCAGCAGGGAUUAAACAUUCAGCUAAAUCAUAUUUUCACUCACCCCUACAUUUUUGGACACUAUUUCCAUUUUUACGUAAGAGGAUUCAAUCUAGAUCCUUUUAUUCUGGUCUAAGCCAGUUUUUAACACUGACUUGGUAAGGACAUGCCCCUGAACUUUAAAGGAUUGACCUGAACACCUGCUGUUAUUUGUGGGUUGAUUCUUGUAUAUUUUGCACUGUCUUUAAAAUACAUGCUGCAAACAAUUAGCACAUUAUAAUUGCACAUUUAGACAAUUUGCAUAUAUAUGUCUUAAUUUCUGCAGGCAAUAAUGAUUCGUACCAAUUUUGAACACUGCUGGCAGUUUUGAAGGCUGUUUAAAAGUUCUCAUGUUCUUCAUUUCAAUUGCAGAAUCAUUUGUGUUAUGGCUAUGGAUUGUAAAAUAUGGAUUGUAAAAUAUGGAUUGUGAAUGUGUUAUUUAUGAAAUUGUGUGUUUCGAAGACCUAAUGACUAGGUCAGUGUGCAAGGUUGUAAACACAGGGUGUUUUAUGUGUGUUUGGAUGGGACGAAGUGAAACAGUGUUUAUAUUUGUUGUUAUUUGAUGUUGUUUAUGGUGUGUUGGAGAUGAGAUGAAUUUUUUACAUUAUUCAUUUAUUAAAUCCCUAGAGUGCCUAGUGCUUGAGCAAUCAGGCCAGUGCUGCUUUUUUACGUUUUAAUAUAAACAUUUAACAUUUCAAUUUAAUUGUAGUUUUAUAAUAAAAAUUUGGACUUUUUUGUUAGCAUGUCUUGUUGUGUGUUGUCUUGCUGCCUGAUCAAGAGAUUAUAGGAUUUGAUAUUGUAUGCAGAGAUGCGUUUACUGUAGAGAUACGUUUACUCUUGUAAACCAAAUGUUUACAGUUUGAAUUCUUAAGAGAUUUCCGGUAACGUGUAGAAAAGAAGUAAAACUUUAACGCGGUAAAACAAAGGGUUUCUUUUAUUUAAUUUACCAGCUUUAACUAUUAACACUCGCGCUGUGUGACAUGAAAUGUAUGGGAUUAAGUAGACAUCAAUGUUAUUAUGCUUUGUAAAACAUUUUAUUCAUCACAUGACUACAUGCAGUGUUGUACAUUGGCUCUUAACGGUAAUUCAUUGGUUUGCAUCUGAUACUUGAACCAUAUUUUGUAAUACCUUUUUUGUUAAAAUAUUUAUUUAUUUGUACUAGAUUGUGUAUCCCUUUGUGUUUCAAGCACUUUGUUCACUGAGAUUGUAGAGCAUAUCAACAAGCCUAAUUGUCUCUUUCUGAAGAAAGUAAGCCAUUUAUAUUGCAUUUAUUGGAUCAAUAAACAGUCUAAAUGA